AUGUAUUGGCCAUGCAGCGUGCCGCAGAUCUUCGCAUACCAUGGACCCGGCGCUGUAACUACCCGCCAACCCGAAGAUGCAGAAGAGGCCAGCCACGAAGAGCGCUCAAUCGAAGACGAGGUGGAGAAGGACAAUCCCACCGACAAUGACUCUAAUGCUAUAGUCGACCUUCAAGCUGCACGGCAUGACCAUCUCUUUGCGACGAUCAGCCCCUUUCAAUUGGAUCUGUGGUCAACACGACCCUUGGUUGUCCUUGCCUCGCUCUCUCGUUCAUCAAAGUCGCUAGAAACUUAUGGGAAGAAUCUCGGGGUCGCGUUCAAACCCGAUGGAAGCACUCUGGUCAUUCGCACAGCGGGGGGCUAUUUGAUGCUAUACUCUGUGGAGAGCGACCAGACGGCCCGGGUUCUGCAACAACAGUAUGGGUAUAGUCAGGCAAAACGACAAAAUGUCAUGCGAAGUUUUGGGACCGACGAGACCGCUGGAGUCCCAGAGGUUCUACUCCGUUUCCGAAGAGCCAUCAAGAUCGAUGCUGGGAUCAAUUCAAUCAACGCUCUUGACUCGGAAAUGAUUGUGGCAACCACCAAACCUCCGGCCGUGCAGUGCAUCAGGUGGGACCUUCAGAAGGAUGGCUCUAAUGCGGUGGCCCAACUGCUCAACAGGAUGGACUGGGUCACCCAAAAAUCAAGCAUAUCAACCAUGAUCCACGACAGAGCCAUGAACCUUUCAGUCUGGCUGUCACAGGAUGGCCAUGCGUAUGCCGUGCAGCGGAUCAAACCCCAACUGACACGAGCGCCAUCUUCAGAUGACUCUAUUCCGUCCUCAAGGGGGUCCACGGCCCAGGUGACCAGAUUGUUUGACGGCUACUGCUUUCACAAGCCUGAAUCACCAGCCUCCAGCGCAACAUUCGCGAGUAUCAAUGCCCGGUUCUCACUCAUCGCUGUUGCUACCUCGGGGGGAGAAAUCAUCUGCUACUCUGCAAAAGACUACGCUGGGAAUAUCCCGUUGUCUCACACUUUCAGGGCCUCUACUUCGCCAUCAUUCAGAGGCGCUAUUACAUGUCUUAUAUGGUCUCCUGACGGCUACUGUCUCUUUGUCGGUUACGAACACGGUUGGUGUACCUGGUCGGUGUUUGGAAAGGAGGGCGCUUCAACCUUCCACCAAAACCUGACGCACGCUGAAUCCAAUGCUGAGAAAUGGCUCCUCGCUGUCCAGCGAGCGACUUGGAUCGGUGCUGGCGGUGAAAUUCUCCUCACCACACCAGCUGAAAACCGGAUUUGGAAGUUAGAAAUGUCGCGGAGCGCGGCGAUGGGCUGUUUCUCCUGCGCAAAUCUCGUUCGAGCUCUUCUCCAGACCCCUACCGAGCUAUCAGUCUAUCGUGGUCAUGAGCUGCCCGACUUGACCUCUAUAUCGAAUGAGGCAUCCCUUUGGCAUCAUGCCGAAUACCCGCAUGUUUAUCUUCACAAUCAAUGGCCUAUCAAGUCGUGUGUCGUGUCACAGGAUGGGAGAUAUGUUGCGAUUGCCGGUCGCCGCGGCUUGGCCCACUACAGUCUUCAGAGUGGAAGGUGGAAGACCUUCUCCGACUUGUCGGUAGAAAGUUCGUUCGCAGUCCGUGGAGGAAUGUGCUGGUUCAACCAUGUCCUUGCCGUUGCAACUGAGAAUACUAAUGGCUACGACUUGCGACUGUACUCGCGGGAGCUCGAGCUGGGUCGUUUCCCAUUGCACAACGAAGCAUUCUCGAUGCCCAUCGUGUUUGUGGGCCCCUCAGGAGAAGACUCUCUACUGGUCUAUACCUACGAGAAUAUCCUCUACCACUAUAUCCUCAACAUCACCGACAGAGGUGCACAGCUUGUGCAAGUGGGCCAAAUCGCUUUUCAUGGCAUCGUGCGUGCCCCAAGUCGAGUUCGAUCCGUCAGCUGGGUCGUGCCGGAUUCGCAGCUUCGAAACGGAGAUCCCUCUAGAGAUGUGGAAUUCGCAUCCGUCCUUUUCCUCGUCGACGACAAGUUGGUACUGUUGCAAGCAUCUCGGAACGAAAAGGACGAGCUCAAAUACGACAUGCGCGUCAUUGCCCAGCAUGUCGAGUACUACAUCCUCAUGCGUGAUCAGAUAUACUUCAACUUCAGCACUGGCCCGGAUGAAUCGGCGCCACCCACACCUUCGCCUGGUUCGGCCUUCACCCUGCGAAGCCAGCAAAACUACUCACUACGAGACUCUCUCUGGACAUUCAGCGGUGAUGAACUUCGUCUCUGGCCUGACGUGCGUGACCUGUUCCACCACGCUGCAGGAGAUCUCACCACCUCACCAGUCCUAUCUAUGUCCAUCGAUUUCUACCCCUUAUCUAUCCUCCUCACCAAAGGUGUUGUGUUGGGCAUUGAAUCCGAGCUUCUGCAACGACGAGACGUCAACUUUGCACAAUUCCGAUCCAGCAUCCGCACACAGCUUUUCCUCCCCUAUAUCCUUCGCCACCAACUCUGUGAAGCAAACGACACCGCCGCCGCAUUCGGUCUGGCGAACCAGUACCAGAACCUCUCAUACUUUCCCCAUGCGCUGGAAAUCCUGCUCCACAACGUCCUCGAUGAUGAAGUUGAUCGGAAACCGAAGGUGAAGGACAAGGAGGAAGAUGAGGCACAAGGGCCCCUGCCAGCUGUCCUCUCAUUCCUCCAACUCGUCCUCCCACCGACAACGUACCUGUCGACCGUGGUGCAAUGCAUCCGCAAGACAGAGCUAUCGUCCUGGCGCACGCUGUUCGCCCACCUCCCACCCCCUCUCACCUUGUUCGAACAAGCCCUCGAACUCGAGGACCUCAAGACCGCCGGAGGCUACCUCAUCGUGCUGCAGGGGCUGGAGGAAGGCAACGACGAGUCCGAGUCGUACGACGCCCGCAAAUUCGAAGGCUACGUUAUCCGCCUGAUGAAACUCGCGCGUCAAAAGGGAGACUUCGAGCUGUGCGCCGAACUCGCCAGGUUCAUGAUGGGCAUCGAUCCGAGGGGAGACGCGCUGAGGAGGGUCAUCGUCGGCGUCGGGUUCAGGAACAAGCCGACACUUCUGGAGCCACAUCGCACAGUAUCUGGCGCGGCGACGUUGCAGAUCCCCCGGUCCAGGAAUAAAGAUGUGGAGGCAAGCUCCGAGGGAAGCUCGAGCCCGUCGCCGGUGAGACUGAGCCCGGUUACGGGGGAUUAUUUCUCGAACUCACCAGGUGGAUAUUGA